AUGAAUCACGAAAAACUCUGCUGUUCAGUCUGUCUGGAUCUAGUGAAGGAUCCAGUGACUAUUUCUUGUGGACACAACUACUGCAUGAGCUGUAUUAAAGUCCACUGGAAUAAUGAGGAUCCAAAAGGAGCCUACAGCUGUCCUUAGUGCAGAAAAAUCUUCAUACUGAGGCCUGAGCUGGUGAAAAACACUAUGUUAGCAGAGUUAGUAGAGGACUCUAAGAUACCUGGAAUCCAACCUGCUCCUGCUGAUCUCUGCUAUGCUGGACCUGAAGAUGUUUCCUGUGAUGCCUGCACUGGAAAAAAGCUGAAAGCAUUGAAGUCCUGUCUGGUAUGUUUGGUUUCUUACUGUAAGCAACACCUCCAGCCUCACUAUGACUCCUCUGCCUUUGACAAACACAAGCUAAUCAAACCAUCAAACAGGCUGAAAGGGAACAUCUGUUCAACUCAUAAUGAGAUGAUGAAGAUGUUCUGCCGUACUGAUCAAAAAUGUAUCUGCUAUCUCUGCUGUGUGAAUGAACAUAAACGCCACAACACAAUUGAAAUGCAAAAAGAAUUUGAGGUGAUUUUGCAAAAUGUUCACCGGAGAAUUCAGACCAAAGAAGGAGAAGUGAACGUGCUUAGGAAGGAAAUCGAGGAAAUUCUGCAAUCUUCUGAUAGCGCUGAGAAGGACAUUGAGACCAUCAUCAAUGAGCUGGUGAGUUUCAUUAAAGAAAAAGGCUCAAAUCUAAAGCAGCAGAUCAAUUUCCAGCAGAAAACUGAAGAGAGGCGAGUCAAUAAGCUUCAGAAUAAAUUGAAGCAGGAGAUCACUGAGCUGAAGAGGCAAGAAGAGGAGCUAAAGCCGCUUUCAUACACAGUGGACCACACCGAAUUUUUAUGCAGUUACUCCCAAAUCCCCAAACUCACUGAUUCUAUUGACUCACCAAGCUUCAGAAUUUGUCCAGUUAAAUACCUUGACAAUCUUGAAAGGGCAGUGUCAGAAGCCAGAGAUAAACUCAAAAUGUUUCUAAGUGAGGAAUGGAGUAAACUCACUCUUAGAGUAAGAUCACCAGAUGUUUCACUGCCACAAGCACAACCUAAGUCCAGAGAUGAGUUUUUAAAAUAUUCAUGUCAACUGACAACGGACCCAGAUACAGUGCACCGAAAACUCUUUCUAUCAAAUCAGAACAGAACCAGACAGGUUGAACAGCAGGUCCUGAGCAAAGAGAGUCUGAUUGGACCUUGUUACUGGGAAGUGGAAUGGAGAGGUCAUACAAAAAAUGAGCACAAACUGGAUCAAAGUGGCUUUGGAUACAAUAAUGCUUCCGUACGGCAGAAAAUCUUCAACACGACCUUCAAAUUCAGACAUAAAAACAUUACAAAUCCCAUCUCAGGCCCUCUGUCCUUCAAAGUAGACGUGUACGUGGAUCCCAGAGGAGGUAUCCUGUCCUUCUACAGUGUCUGUGACUCCAUGACCCUCCUCUACAGAGUCCAGACCACAUUCACUGCACCACUUUAUGCUGGACUGUGGAUUUGGAAGAGUUAUUGGACUGACACCACUGCUACAUUUAAUGAGCUGAAGUAG